UUGAUUUUGGUGAAUUUCUUUGCGUCUCCUUCCGUUUCUUCCUUGUUUUCUCAUCGGAAUGUCUUAAGUGUGCCUUUAGAAGCCUGUAGUGUCUCCAGCACUGAUCUGAUGUCAGGCUGACCUGGUGUUUCCUGCAGGCCAUCAUCAACAGCACCAUCACCCCCAACAUGAGCUUCACCAAAACCUCACACAAGUUCGGUCAGUGGGCAGACAGUCGGGCUAACACGGUCUACGGCCUGGGCUUCUCCUCCGAGGCCCAUCUGAGCAAAUUUGCUGACAAGUUUGCGGAGUUCAAAGAGGCGGCGCGGUUAGCCAAAGAGAGAUCUCAGGAGAAGAUGGAGUUAACCAGCACUCCCUCACAGCGCAAAUCCGUCUCGUGCUUCCCGCGCUUGAAGGUAAGGAGAAACACACAUGAUCCGACCGUCAGAACAUCCUUAAAUCCUCCAAACCCGACCCGUGAGACCCACCACACCGUGUCCCUUCAGUCCCAACACUGCUCAUUUAUUCUCCCUGCUCCGCUCUGAUCAGCACUGAUGAGUGUUUUGUCAUUUCUCUCAU